GUUCCCGGGGCCUGGUCGGGCUGUGAGCGGGUCCAUGGGCCGAGUCCUGCCGCGCUGCAGGGGGGUAGCGAUGGCCCUGGCGCUGCGCCUGCUGCUACUGGGGGCUGUAGCCCUGCGGGGGGGGCCACUCCCGCCUGCACUCCAGGCGCAUAUUGGACACGGUGGUGUCGGAGCCUGGCCUGGGGCGGCCCUGGUACAGCCGUGUUGUGUACGUGGACGAUCAGGUCAUCUACGUCUACACCAGCGAGAUGCAGAGGGCAGAGCCCCGCCCAGUGUGGAUGGCACAGAACGAGGGUCCGGAGUUCUGGGAUGAGAUGACCUGGUGGGCACAGCGCCACCAGAAAUGGUUCAGAGCGAGUCUGAACACCCUGGGUCAGCUCUACAAUCAGAGCAAGGGGUUUCACAUUAUCCAGGUGAUAAGCGGCUGUGAUCUCCGGGAAGACAACGUCAUUCAGGGGUUUUACCAAGAUUCAUAUGAUGGACGAGACUUUCUUACUUUGGAUAAGGAGACCAUGACUUGGGUAGCAGCAGAUAUUGGGGCUCAGAUCACCAAGAGGAGAUGGGAUGCUGAAGUAUUGGACAACCAGCAGUGGAAACGCUACCUGGAGGAGGAUUGUAUUUCCUGGCUAAGGAGUUCUCUAGAGUACGGAAAUGAGACUCUGCAGAGGAAAGUGCGCCCAACAGCUAGAGUGAAUGACAGGUCAUCUCAUGACGGCCUCACCACCCUCUCCUGUAAGGUCAGUGGGUUCUACCCCCGGGACAUCACCGUGACCUGGCUGAAAAAUGGGGAGAGCAGACAGCAAGAGACCUACUCUGAAGGCAUCCUACCCAAUGGGGACGGGACCUACCAGACCUGGGUGACAAUGGAGAUUGAUCCCAAGAUCAAAGCCCAUUAUUCAUGUCACGUGGCGCAUGAAAGCCUGUUAGAGCCACUCUCUGUCUCCUGGGAACCAAAUAACAAUCUGAUUUACAUUGUGGCUGGAGUUAUCACUGCAGUUGUCCUGAUUGGUGUUAUAAUUGGAGUAGUCAUCUGGAAAAAGAAACGCCAGGGAGGAAGGGAGACGGCUACACUGUAGCUCAGGCAAAUGACCAAGGAUCUAGUGGCUCUGACGUAUCUGCCAAGGCUUAACAGAGCCUGUUGGAGUCUGUGCCACAACCUGAGGGGAUUCCAGAGAGGAAGAUUGAUGAGCUCUGCUCUGUCUCCCUUCAAGAACCAAUCAACCUCUCCCUAGCUUUUCUCUGGCACUUGGAGUGUCCUGUGUGGGAUUUCUGGGCUCAUCUAUCUGCUCAUU